UACCACCGCCUAUCCUUCUGGACGAGCUCAUAGCGGAAAUCCUGCUGAGGAUUCCGGCAAGGUCUCUUGUUCGAUUAAGGAACAGCGUCUGCAGUUCAUUCAGAACCCUAAUUUCCAGUUCCCAAUUUGCCAAGGACCACCUUCGACGUUCAAUGGCGGUGGAUCCAGCCUUGACCCACCCGCGUAUUGCCUAUUAUAGCUACAGGCUCUCAUACCCCGCAAUCGGAGUUUUCUCCAUCCGAUCUGUGUUCGAGAACCGUCCCCAUGAACCCACCAAAGUAGUUGCCUAUGAGGGACGACGCCACCUUCGCAUGAUUGGCUCUUGUAAUGGAUUGCUGUGCUUGCACGAUGAGGAGCGUGCCAUGCUGUGGAACCCCUGCACCGGAUUCACAUCUCAGCCACUUGAAAUUGGUGGUAUCUUCUUCGUCUGUGGAUUCGGUUAUGAUCAUGUGAACGACAAGUAUAAGCUUUUCCUCAAUUUCCUCGUUGAGGAAAAGAAAUCAGGUGGACCUGUCACCAGAAUUUUCACAUUCGGCCCAAAAUGUACCUGGAGAACAAUUCAGGAUUUCCCACAUAGACUAUGUGACCCCGCUCCGAUGAUGGCAUGACCAAACUCCCUCCUUUGUCUCGGGGUGCAGGCGGAAGGGACUUUCACAUCUAUCAUGAAAGCUUAGUUUCACCCUCGCACUUUGGUCUUCCAACUUGCUCAUCUCAAAUGCGGUUAUUUAAGCCAGGCCUAUUCAUUUGGUGAAGAAUUUCCUACCCUGUCUCUUGAAUCCAUAACUUUAUUAUCAUUAAUGUGGUUCCUUGUUUUUUUGUAUUUUUUUUUAUAGACUGAUAGACUCUGGCUUCGAUUUAGUUAGAAUAUGUUGUUAAGUAGUAAUUAACACCACACAGAAUAGAUAAGUCCCCAGCUGUUCUCAGUUUGCCUCCUUUGCUGCCAGAAUGCCUCCCUUUGCAGGAUUGUUCUAAUCUCUUGUGGUUGGCUAUAGCAGCAAUUCUGAUUCUAAAAGGAGGCAACCACAUUAGCUUUUAGACCAUUUCAUAAAGGAUGCCUCUUCUUAGGCAAUUGUUGAUCUUAGUGAUGCUGUUGCUGCUUGAGUAUGUUGUCUGCUCUUUUUGGCUGUUUUAAAAGUUCUAUCCCAUACACUUUGCUUUGAUUAUAGUA